UCUCGCGAACGCGCCGGGAGCGUAGCGUCCCCAGAGUCGGGAGCGCGCCCCGCGGAUGACAACAAGUUCGUCGCACGGCAGCGGUGGCGGUGUCUGCCUCUGCCUGAGCCCCUGCCGCCCCCCGUCGCGCUCCCUUGCACCCUCUCUCUGUGCCGACUAGGACCCCCUCGGACGCGCCGGGCCUCGGGCAACGGGGACCCCUCCGCGCCUCGACCCCGCCAGGCCUCGCGCGAGCGGCGCGGCGCGGGCGAUGGGGUCGCCCUGAGGGACGCCUGCCGCUGAGCGGACAUGGAGGGGACGCCCCGGGCUUAGGCCCCGCCGCGGCCUGGGGACACCGGCUGGGACCCGAGGCGCAGUCGCCGCGGCCUGGAGCCGGAGCCUCGGCCGCGAGGCCGGAGCCGCAGCCGCCCGCAGCUCUAGCCAGCCCAGCUGCCAGCCCCCACCAUGCCGUGGCCGUUUUCGGAGUCUAUCAAGAAGAGGGCCUGUCGGUACCUCCUGCAGAGGUACUUGGGCCACUUCCUGCAGGAGAAGCUGAGCCUGGAGCAGCUCAGCCUGGACCUGUACCAGGGCACCGGGUCCCUCGCCCAGGUCCCCUUGGACAAAUGGUGUCUCAAUGAAAUCCUGGAGUCAGCAGAUGCACCUUUAGAAGUCACUGAAGGAUUCAUUCAGUCUAUUUCUUUGUCAGUUCCAUGGGGCUCCUUGCUACAGGAUAAUUGUGCACUGGAAGUGAAGGGGUUAGAAAUGGUCUUUCGACCAAGGCCUCGCCUAGCAACUGGUUCGGAGCCUAUGUAUUGGUCAAGUUUUAUGACUAGCAGUAUGCAGUUGGCAAAAGAAUGUCUUAGCCAGAAACUAACAGAUGAACAAGGAGAAGGAACCCAGCCUUUUGAAGGACUUGAAAAGUUUGCUGAAACCAUUGAAACAGUACUAAGAAGAGUAAAGGUAACUUUUAUAGACACUGUUUUGAGAAUUGAACAUGUGCCAGAAAAUUCCAAAACUGGAACUGCACUUGAAAUUCGAAUAGAAAGAACUGUAUACUGUGACGAAACUGCUGAUGAAUCCUCAGGAAUUAAUGUACAUCAACCCACAGCUUUUGCUCACAAGUUACUUCAGCUCUCUGGAGUGUCUCUCUUUUGGGAUGAAUUUUCUGCAUCAGCAAAAUCUUCCCCAGUGUGUUCAACUGCACCAGUGGAAACUGAGCCAAAGCUGUCACCUAGCUGGAACCCCAAAAUUAUUUAUGAGCCACACCCACAACUAACUAGAAAUUUACCAGAGGUUGCACCCUCUGACCCAGUGCAAAUUGGAGGGUUAAUUGGUAGGUUGGAGUUGAGUCUCACGUUUAAACAGAACGAAGUACUUCCUGGAGCUAAGUUGGAUGUUGAUGGACAGAUAGACGCUAUUCAUCUAUUCCUGUCACCAAGACAAGUACACUUGCUUUUGGAUAUGUUAGCAGCUAUUGCUGGACCAGAAAAUUCUAGCAAAAUAGGCUUAGCUAAUAAAGACAGGAAAAAUCGACCAAUGCAACAGGAAGACGAGUAUAGAAUUCAGAUGGAAUUAAACCGGUAUUAUUUGAGAAAAGAUUCUCUCUCUGGGGGUGUAUCUUCAGAACAAAGCUUUUAUGAGACAGACGCAGCCCGUACACCUUCUAGUCGUGAAGAAGAAGUUUUCUUCUCCAUGGCUGAUAUGGACAUGUCCCAUAGUCUCUCUUCUCUUCCACCCCUGGGGGACCCCCCAAACAUGGACCUUGAGUUAUCAUUAACUAGUACAUAUACAAAUACCCCAGCAGGAUCUCCGCUAAGUGCUACUGUGCUUCAGCCAACUUGGGGAGAUUUCCUUGAUCACCAUAAAGAACAGCCAGUAAGAGGGUCAACAUUUCCAUCUAAUCUAGUCCACCCAGCAACUUUACAGAAAACAGCUCUCCCAUCUAGAUCUGUUUCAGUGGAUGAAUCCAGGCCUGAACUUAUUUUUAGACUAGCUGUGGGAACCUUUUCAAUCUCUGUGCUUCACAUUGAUCCUCUGCCGCCACCUGAAACGUCACUGAACCAUAAUCCAUUGACACCUAUGGCGAUCACUUUCUUUACUUGUAUAGAAAAGAUUGAUCCAGCAAGAUUUUCAACAGAAGAUUUUAAGUCUUUCCGAGCAGUAUUUGCAGAAGCUUGCUCACACGAUCACCUUAGAUUUAUAGGUACUGGCAUCAAAGUGUCCUAUGAACAAAGACAAAGAUCAGCCUCCCGAUAUUUCAGUACUGAUAUGUCUAUUGGGCAAAUGGAGUUUUUGGAGUGCCUGUUUCCAACUGAUUUUCAUUCUAUUCCUCCUCACUAUACAGAGCUUUUAACGUUCCUUUCCAAAGAAGGAACUGAUUCCCAUCCCCCUGUGUGUCUUCAGCUUCAUUAUAAGCAUUCUGAGAAUAGGGGACCCCAGGGUACUCAAGCAAGAUUUAGUUCAGUUCCUCAGAAGGCAGAAUUGCAAAUUAAAUUAAGUCCAGUAUGUUGUGAACUGGAUAUCAGUAUUGUGGACAGGUUAAAUUCCUUGCUUCAACCACAGAAACUUACUACAGUAGAGAUGAUGGCAUCCCACAUGUACACUUCAUAUAAUAAGCAUAUUAGUCUGCACAAGGCUUUCACUGAAGUAUUUCUAGAUGAUUCACAUAAUCCUGCAAAUUGUCGGAUAUCAGUACAAGUUGCCACACCAGCAUUAAACCUUUCUGUUCGCUUCCCAAUACCUGAUCUUCGAUCAGAUCAAGAAAGAGGACCGUGGUUUAAGAAGUCACUUCAGAAGGAGAUCCUUCAUUUAGCAUUCACAGAUCUAGAAUUUAAGACUGAAUUUAUAGGAGGAUCAACUCCAGAACAAAUUAAAUUGGAACUUACGUUUAGAGAACUAGUUGGGUCAUUCCAGGAAGAUAAAGGAGAACCAUCUGUAAAGUUUUUCCACGUGUCUAGUGGAGUAGAUGGAGAUACAGCAUCAUCAGAUGACUUUGACUGGCCACGUAUUGUACUGAAAAUAAAUCCACCAGCCAUGCAUUCCAUUUUGGAGAGAAUAGCAGCUGAGGAAGAAGAAGAGAAUGAUGGUCACUACCAGGAAGAAGAGGAAGGAGGUGCUCAUUCCCUGAAAGAUGUUUGUGAUCUAAGAAGACCGGCCCCCUCUCCUUUUUCUUCUCGUAGAGUAAUGUUUGAAAAUGAGCAGAUGGUGAUGCCAGGAGACCUUGUAGAAAUGACAGAGUUUCAGGAUAAAGCAAUCAGCAAUUCUCACUUUGUGUUGGAACUUACGCUACCAAAUAUUCAUAUAACACUACCUAAUAAGAACUUUUAUGAGAAGCUUUAUAAUAGGAUCUUUAAUGACUUGCUACUAUGGGAGCCAACAGCUCCUUCACCAGUGGAGACAUUAGAAAAUAUUUCCUAUGGUAUUGGGCUUUCAGUAGCCAGUCAACUGAUUAAUACCUUCAAUAAAGAUAGUUUUAGUCCAUUUAAAUCUACAGUUCACUAUGAUGAGGAGAGUGGAUCUGAGGAGGAGACUUUGCAGUAUUUUUCCACUGUUGAUCCCAACUAUCGUUCCCGUAGGAAAAAAAAAUUAGAUUCUCAGAACAAGAACUCACAGAGUUUUCUCUCAGUUCUUCUGAGCAUUAAUCAUGGAUUAAUGGCAGUGUACACAGACGUGAAGCAAGAUAAUGGAGAUAUGUUGGAAAACAAACAUGGUGAAUUCUGGUUAGAGUUCAAUAGUGGUUCAUUAUUUUGCGUGACAAAAUAUGAAGGUUUUGAUGACAAGCACUACAUAUGCCUUCAUUCUAGCAGUUUCAGUCUAUAUCACAAAGGCAUAGUGGAUGGAGUGAUUCUUCCCACAGAAGCACGACUGCCCAGUUCAACCCACCCACAUUGGUUAGAACCUACUAUUUAUUCCUCUGAAGAAGACGGCCUCAGUAGAGGUUCUUCAGAUGGUGUUGGAGGAGAGAGUUCAAAUAUGCUCUCUGUUGCAGUUAAAAUAUUGUCUGAUAAAUCAGAGUCCAAUACAAAGGAAUUUCUGAUUGCUGUGGGACUGAAGGGAGCCACUCUCCAGCAUAGAAUGCUUCCUUCUGGGCUUAGCUGGCAUGAGCAGAUUUUAUACUUCUUAAAUAUUGCCGAUGAACCUGUUUUGGGUUAUAAUCCUCCAACUUCAUUUACAACUUUUCAUGUUCAUCUUUGGAGCUGUGCACUUGAUUAUAGGCCCCUUUAUUUGCCAAUCCGAUCUCUUCUUACUGUUGAAACAUUCAGUGUUUCUAGUAGCGUUGCAUUGGAUAAAUCUUCUUCUACUCUCAGAAUAAUCUUGGAUGAAGCUGCUUUACAUCUGUCUGACAAAUGUAAUACUGUCACUGUAAAUCUGAGUAGAGAUUAUGUUCGUGUGAUGGAUAUGGGCCUCUUGGAAUUAACCAUAACUGCAGUGAAGUCUGAUUCUGAUGGAGAGCAAACUGAGCCCCGCUUUGAGUUACACUGUUCCAGUGAUGUUGUCCAUAUCAGAACGUGCUCAGAUUCUUGUGCUGCACUAAUGAACCUCAUUCAGUACAUUGCAAGCUAUGGUGACCUACAUGGACCUAACAAGGCAGAAAUGAAGGCUGGAGCCCCUCAAAGAAAGUCAAAGGUAGAUUCCAGUGGUCGGUCAUCCUCACGUGGUCCAGUCCUUCCUGAAGCAGAUCAACAGAUUUUGCGAGAUCUGAUGAGUGAUGCUAUGGAGGAGAUCGAUGUGCAGCAAGCCGCUUCAACUGUGAAACCUCAGGCUAACGGUGUUUUGGAUGAAAAAUCUCAAAUUCAGGAGCCAUGUUGUUCAGACCUCUUCCUGUUUCCAGAUGAGAGUGGGAAUGUGUCCCAGGAGUCCGGCCCCACUUAUACCUCAUUCACUCACCACUUGAUCAGUGAUGCAAUGACAGGUGUGCCCGCUGAAAAUGAUGACUUUUGCAUUCUUUUUGCACCAAAAGCAGCCAUCCAGGAGAAGGAAGAAGAACCAGUUAUAAAAAUCAUGGUUGAUGAUGCAAUUGUGAUAAGAGACAAUUAUUUCAGUCUGCCUGUUAAGAAGACAGAUACAAGCAAAGCCCCAUUACACUUUCCCAUUCCUGUAAUUCGAUAUGUUGUUAAGGAAGUUUCUCUUGUUUGGCAUCUUUAUGGAGGAAAGGAUUUUGGAACAGUUCCUCCUACUUCUCCAGCUAAAAGUUAUAUUAGUACCCACAGUUCACCUUCUCACACACCCACAAGACAUGGACGUAAUACGGUAUGUGGGGGAAAAGGAAGAAACCAUGACUUUUUAAUGGAAAUACAGUUAAGCAAGGUGAAGUUUCAGCAUGAAGUCUACCCGCCAUGCAAACCAGAAUUCGAUUCCAGCCUCUUAGAACACCCAGUCUCCCGGCAAGUGUUCAUUGUUCAGGAUCUGGAAAUUCGAGAUCGUCUGGCAACAUCACAAAUGAAUAAAUUUUUGUACCUGUAUUGCAGUAAAGAAAUGCCUCGAAAAGCUCAUUCUAACAUGUUGACGGUGAAAGCCUUACACGUGCGUCCAGAGUCUGGCAGGUCACCACAGGAGUGCUGCCUGAGAGUGUCGCUGAUGCCGCUGCGCCUCAACAUUGACCAGGAUGCCUUGUUCUUCCUGAAAGAUUUCUUCACAAGUCUUUCUACAGAAGUAGAGCUUCUAAUGACUCCAGAUCCAGAAGUUAAAAAGUCCCCUGGAGCUGAUGUCACCUGCAGUUUGCCAAGGCAUUUGAGUACCUCAAAGGAGCCAAAUCUAGUUAUUUCUUUCCCUGGGCCAAAACAACCUUCCCAAAAUGAUAGUGCCAAUUCAGUGGAAGUGGUUAAUGGGGCAGAGGAGAAGGACUUCUCUGCUGAAGAAGCAUCAUUUAGUGAUCAGCCUGUGUUUUUCAGAGAGUUUAGAUUCACGUCAGAAGUUCCCAUUCGACUUGAUUAUCAUGGCAAACACGUAUCAAUGGAUCAGGGUACAUUAGCUGGGAUUUUGAUUGGUCUGGCUCAGUUAAACUGCUCUGAACUAAAGCUGAAGAGGCUUUUCUAUCGGCAUGGUUUGUUAGGUGUUGACAAAUUGUUCUCAUAUGCAAUCACUGAAUGGCUUAAUGACAUUAAGAAGAAUCAGUUACCAGGAAUACUGGGUGGUGUUGGGCCUAUGCAUUCACUAGUACAAUUAGUGCAAGGCCUAAAGGACUUGGUCUGGUUACCAAUAGAGCAGUACCGGAAGGAUGGCCGUAUCGUCAGAGGGUUUCAGAGAGGGGCUGCUUCCUUUGGUACCUCGACAGCAAUGGCUGCGCUGGAACUCACAAACAGAAUGGUUCAGACAAUACAGGCAGCAGCAGAGACUGCUUAUGACAUGGUGUCUCCUGGUACCCUUGCUAUCGAGCCCAAGAAGACCAAAAGGUUUCCUCAUCACCGACUAGCCCAUCAGCCAGUAGACCUGAGGGAAGGUGUGGCCAAGGCCUACAGUGUUGUGAAAGAGGGAAUCACAGACACGGCUCAGACCAUCUAUGAAACGGCGGCUCGAGAGCACGAGAGCAGAGGGGUCACUGGUGCUGUGGGUGAAGUUCUGCGCCAGAUUCCUCCGGCAGUGGUGAAACCUCUGAUUGUUGCCACGGAAGCAACGUCAAACGUGUUAGGUGGCAUGAGAAACCAAAUCAGACCAGAUGUCCGGCAAGACGAAUCACAGAAAUGGCGCCAUGGAGAAGACUGACGUCUCAAACAGGACUCUUUGUGAAGAUGAUGAGAGCGCAGAUAGGGAGCGUAGCGUCCCCGCGCAGCUUUAGAGGAAACUCAUUUAAUUUUAUUGUGCUCAUCUCAGGAACAAAAGCAUUUUUAGUUAAAUAAUUUAAUGUCAAAAUAACAUGCAACCAAAAACUUCUGCCAUUUUAGGGCUAGUUUGGUACUUGCCUGUAGAAAUGUUUGGUGGCUAGUGUCAAAGGUCCUUAAAGCAUUUGCUGCCAAGUUAGUGGAAUGCUCACUUUUAUUAGGAUGACUAUAAUUCUCCUUGUUACAGAUAUCAUUGGAAACCUCCUUUUAACACUGUAUGUGUAACUUUGUGGAGGUGAUUUUUCUCAAGGUGCAGAAAGAAUUACAGCCCCUAAACUUUCAUUGAGAAUGAGAGAAAAAGGCCACAGGGAAGCAAAACAAAAUAGGAUUUUCAAUAUAAUAUCAGUGUGAAAAAAAUAACCUACUCUGUUGGAUUUAGUGUUCAUGCACUUGAGGAUGACAUUGUUUCCAUUUACUCAGAAAAUCCUUCUGUGGGGUUUGAGAAAGUGAAUGUCACAGACAUGUUCUGUUGUGUUGCACUUUAUCCUGUGUGUGUGUGUGUGUGUGUGUGUGUUUAGAUUAAUACAAGUCAUGUGCUAUAUUCUUCAUAUGAUUUACAGUUAUACAAAAUAUAAAGAGGAGUAAACUUGUCUGAAAGUUUUUGACAAAGGAAAGUAACCUAAAUGUAAUAGCUUCUUUAUUUUAAGUGUAAAUGAAAAUGUGCAUUCUGUAGUGAACUGGGGCCCAUGUAAUUGUUUGUAUGUUCAAUUUUAAGCAGAUAGUGCAAGCUUGUUAGGAAUGUGGAAGGGGAGAUUGGAAAUGGUUUUUACUCUUUUAAAAUUAAACAAAAAUCCUCCAAAUAUGCCCUAGUCAACUAUUUUGACGUACCAUUUUUACUUGGUUAACAAUGUACAUUUUGAUAACCUGUCAGGAAUGAAUAAAGUAUUUUUAUUUAAAGGUAAAAUUGUUUUAUGCUUCCAUGAAUAUUUUGCUUUUUUAAGAGCAUAUUCAUAGAUGCAAUACUAUGAUUUAUCCCAAGAUACUUGGGAAGACUUUAUCAAAAUUGAUUUUGGUUAAUAUCAAGUAAAUCAUUACCCGAGUGAUGGGGAGUUGUUCUCAAACCCUGACUUUAGAUUAUUCUAGCAGGAAGAAAAUGUGGAACUUUGUAUUUAUUCACUGUUUAAAGUUGCAUGAUAUGACUUCUCAUUUUCAAAAGCGAGGGAAUAUCAUUGAGGUGAAUUUGGAUUUAAAAACUGCAUUUGAGUUUGGGGUUUGGAAAAAUGAAGUUCAAUUAAGUUUAUUCUCAAAAUUUUCUAAGCAGGAAAGCAAUGUAAAAAACCCAAACAUCUAGAAUUUAUAAAAGUAGUGUUACAUAGCAUCUAAUUUUAGUUUUGUUUUAUUUCCUUUUUAUUGCAAAAAAACUUAGUAAGGCCAUCCUUAGAAUAAGCACCUGUUUAAGAAUCAUGUUACUUUGUUACUUGGUUCCUAUUAAAUGGAGUCCAUAUAGAGGGUGGUCCUGACUAAAUACUAACAGGUUUAUUAUAGUGAGAGUUCAUCUCGCUUCUGGGGCACAUUCGGACCAACCCUGUUCAUGGAUUCCAGUAUUCUCCAUUUGCUUUUAUAAUGAAACAUGCUGUGUGUGUUACCUGAGUAUGAUUAAUCAAAUUGAAAAACACUUGAUCAAGCUUAAAAUUUUUAAUCUCUUUGAAAAUAUUUUUCAUAGUUAUACUUAACGUUCAAUUAGAUAUAGUAUAGAGAGAAAUAGUUGUCCUUUUCUUUGCACUCCAAAUUGUGAAUGGAUGGACCCUUUAAACAAAUUAUUCAUGAACCCCAUUUAAACAUAUAUCUUUAUAAUGUGAUCUCCAUGGUUCUUUCUCUCUUCUGCCCUCCUAUGCCUGUUGUCGAUAGAAUCAUUGGGAAUAGAAUCCUGUGUCUAAGAAAGAUUUAUUCCCAAGGGUCUGUUUAGCCAAGAUACUCUUUACUUAAGAUGUUUGUAAGGAAUUAUCUAUAUUUGAACACUUCUACAUUAUUAUAUCCUUAAUUUUUUUACAGUGUCUAACUUUUGUGUUACAAUGACACAGUAAAAAGAGUGUUGGAAGAAUCCUUGGGUUGCCAGAUUUGUGAAUUAAUACAUGGAUGACUUGGCCAAGACAGCUAAUCGCUCUAAGCCUCAGUGACCCUGUGGAUAAAUGAGAGGGUUUCUUACAACAAAGCGCAGUGGGGAUUUUUGGAUGAGUAGGCCGUGCAUGUGUGUGUGAGAAUGAUGGUAUGUGGUGUAAUGCUCUGUAGAGGGUCCCAGACCUGUGGCGCCUCAGACAGGUGCGAUUUUCCAGUGAGAGCACUCUGGUCACAUCACACACACAGCAGCCAUUGGCUGCUGUAGAUCUGGGAUGUCUCCAAGUGAUACAUUUCUGAGCUGCCACGUGCCUGUGUGGCUGGACUUUGAUGACUGGAGUAGACGGCACAGGUCCACUUGUUGCUACACUGAGUCUUUAUGGUUAUCUCUCCGAGGAGUCCAGGAGGCAAGCUCGAUUGAGGUCUGCCAGCGAGUUUCUGAACCCACAGGGUUAUCAGCACGUUAAAACCACUUCAUAUCACAAGGAGAUAGGCAGCCGUGGCCAUAGCGAUGUCUCCAUCUCCAACAGGGCAGAUUCGGAACCCCUGGUUUUCCCUUCCUGUCUACCCCUAGAUUGCCGUUAAUUUACAAGCAGAAGGUCCACUGAACGUUGCCUAGUAGGAUAGAUAAAACACAAUGUUUCUUCUAGACAUCAUAGCAAUAGACUUUCCUUUUAAUGAAGUUUGGGUACAAUUUGGAUCCUCACUUAAGAAUAUAUAUUUGACAUCAAUAUUUUUAUAAGGCAGAAUUCACUUUAAGAAGAAAAUUCUAAGUAGCAAUGUGCCUAAGAUGGCAGAAUACUAAAAAACCAGUGCUUCCUGCCUCCUUCCAUGUGUUGCUUUUCAAAGCUUAUAGAAAAGCUUUCAGGGACUUACUUUUUAACCAUCUCUUUUUAAAACUGUUCUGUAGGUUUAGUGCCUUUGUUUAGCUUCAAAAAGUCCGAACAGCUGUUUCUGCUCCUGCAGAGGCUGCCUGUCCACAGGCAUCGCCCGUCACUCAAGCAUCGUUCCACCUGGGGCCCGUGCCCCGUGCGCACCCUUGCCAGAGUGGAGAGACGACAGGCAGAGUUGAAUUUUAAAACGGUGAUUUUAAAUGAGGAAUCCACAAUUGCACUGAAUGGCUUCAGGAUUAACUAUUAAUGGUCUUAACAUUAAUUUAAAUUUUACAUAUGUAACAAGCUGUGUGACUUGGCUUAAGAGAAAUUACUCACCUUUGCUUUGCAUCAAUGUUCUUAGACCUGCAGUGAGUAUAAUUCCACAGAACAGCAGGGGUGUGGUGGGGCUCUGAGCUCCUCUCCCCCAGGUCCCUUCACUUCCUCUGGACCUAGUUAAGACAUCAGAGAGAAUGUCUAUCAAGUUCUUUAAGCUCCUUGAAAUGGACUGUGCAAACACAGAGUGUGAUAUUCUUUUGUAUCUGCAAAUGCAUCAACUAGACAUACCAAUUGGUAUCAGAAUAUAUCAAAUAUAAAUUUUUGAGUCUUAUGUUAAAAAGGAAAAUUAUUUAUAUCAUAUAUAGGUAAUGAUGGAAAAAACAUUUCCUUUUCAUUAUCAGGAAAUAUUUUUGUUUACUGGGAGAUAGUCACUUUUUUCAUAUAAGAAUAACAGUGCUUUAAUGCCAACUUAUUUUUAUUUGAACAUUUUCAGGAUCAUGCUAGGCACUCUGCUUCCUUUAGUAGACAUUCAUUAUACUGUUGCAAAUCAGCCAGUUUUGAAGUAUUUUCUUUUUGUCAUAGUGCCUGCAAGUCAGAGAUAGAAAAAUCAUUCCGACACACUGCCAUGAUAGGCCCUUUUGGGGAUGAGAAAUUUAAGUUAGUUUCAACAAUUUAUAUUUUGAAAUGUCAUCAGUUUUUGUAAAUGUAGGUGUUAGAGGGAUUCUUUGGCCUCCUAUGGCAAUUGUUGGCCCCUUGGUUGCAAGCAUGUCGUUUCCUAGUAAGCACCAGAGUGCUGUCUGCUGUAUUUCAAGAGACGAGAAAUGUGAUGUCAGCUGGCUCAAUCAUGUCUCUAAUGCCCCGAGUGGUUGAAAUAACAGCCCGUCUCUUUAAAAAAUGUUUACUUUGCUGUUUCACGUGUAUUUUGUAUAUAUGAAAUGGCAGCUUCCAAUUUCUAGUUGGAUUUGUCUUGCACUGUUUGUAUAACUUGCUUGUCACACAGGACUAUUUGCUUUUUCCCUGAGAAAUUUGGUAGGGACGUCUAGUUCAGCUUUUAUGUUGAUUCAUCCUGACUUGUUUUAGACGUUGAAUUUAUCUCACUACAGGUAAAAGAACAUAUGUGUAUACAUUGACUGUCAUUGUUUCCUAAUUUUCCUAAUUAUGGCAAAUUAUGGAUGUGAAUACUUUAAGAAUACUGAUGCUGUACAAGUAUUUUUGUGGAAAUGUAACUUGUUAGUGUGACUAUUUAAAAUGUGAAAAUAAGAAUACCUAGAAGAAAAUUAAAAUAUUCACUCUUUGGA